AUGCCACUCCAAUUCUGGAGGUCGCCCGGCCAGGGCUCCAAGGACACCGACCCACUACUCGAAGCAGCAUUUCCUCCGCGAAUGGAGGAAGAUUGCCUGAAGAUCGAUGACGAGGAUAGCGAUGAUAAUAGCGAUGGGGACGAGGACGAGGACGAGGACGUGAAAGAGACUCGUGCCGAGCGGUUGCGCCAAAGUGGAGGCUGGCUUGGCUACCUGAAAGACUUUACCAUCUUUCUGCCUUACGUCAUACCCAAACGAGACGUCAAAGUUCAGAUCUGUCUGCUUAUCUGCCUCGUUACGGUUGCGAUGCAGCGCGUCCUGCAAGUCGCCAUUCCAUACGUCCUUGGCGUGAUUGCAGACAAAGUCACGCACGGAUCGAUACCUAUCCGAGAACUCCUCAUCUUCCUUCUCUUGGACCACCUUAACAGCGAGUCGGGAUUGAUCUGCAUUCAAGAGCUGUCCAAGAUACCCAUCAAGCAGUUCUCGUACAAGCAAUUGACCAACGCUGCUUUCAGCCACGUCAUGUCGCAGUCGAUCGACUUUCACUCUACGCAAGACUCAGCCGAGGUCAUGAAGGCCGUUGAGCAGGGCGAAGCGCUGGGCAACGUACUCGAGACGGUGGUCAUCGAAAUUUUGCCAACCUUGAUCGACGUCAUCGUUGCUUGUACCAUCUUCUACCAGAAGUUCACUCCGGCGGUGGGCAUGGUCCUGCUUGGCGCAUCAAUCGCCUUCCUGGCUGCCGAAGCCUUGUCUUCACGGUUCACAACCGGCCUCCGGAGAAGAGUGACGAAGGCUGAGCGGAUCCAGAUACGGAAGAUGCACCAAGCGAUUCAAGGUUGGCAAACUGUGGCGUACUUCAACCAGUUCAAGAGGGAGGCCAGUUUACUCUCAAGUGCUGUAGGCGACCACAUGAGGGCAAGGACACGUUUCGAAGUACGAGAAGCGCUGAUCAAGGCUGUUGUUGAGCUGCUAGUACCGACUACCUUCUUCGCCCUGGCUUACCUCAUCCUCCAGCGCAUUGCUGCGGGCACGGCAUCCCCAGGAGACUUCGUCUUCUUUCUCACAUACUGGGACUCUAUCAUCUACCCGCUGAAAUUCUUGACCGAUCAUGUCCGGUGGCUGGUGCGUGACUUUGUGGACGCGGAACGAGUUCUUCACCUUCUGCAAACCCAGCCAACAGUCACCGACGCACCCGAAGCCUACCCGCUCGCGGUACAGGAUGGCGAAGUCCGAUUCGAAGACGUGUCCUUCAAGUACGACUCCAGCCGCUACGCACUUCGGGAUGUAUCGUUCACGGCGUCGCCGGGUCAGACCAUCGCUCUCGUAGGCCAAACCGGGGCCGGCAAAUCGUCGAUUCUAAAACUCCUUCUCCGCCUACACGACGUCACAUCCGGUAGCAUUACCAUCGCCAAGCAGAACAUUCGACACGUCACAUUGAGUUCACUUCGCGACGCCGUAAGCGUGGUUCCGCAGGCACCCACGUUCUUCAACACCUCAAUCAUGGAGAACGUGCGAUACGCACGCGACACCGCGACCGACGAAGAGGUCUACGAAGUGUGUCGUGCAGCCGCAAUUCACGACACAAUCAUGCGCUAUCCCAAGGCCUACAACACGCACGUCGGCGAGCGCGGUGUCAAGCUGUCGGGUGGCGAGGCGCAAAGACUUGCGAUUGCGAGGGCGCUCCUCAAGGACGCACCGAUCGUUCUGCUAGAUGAGGCGACGAGCGCGGUAGACACAGUCACAGAGAGACAUAUCAAGACAGCACUCGAGAAGCUCAAAGAGGGGAGGAUCGUGAUUGUCAUUGCGCAUCGAUUGAGUACGAUCGUAGACGCAAGCUCCAUCUUGGUGCUGCAUGAGGGGAGUAUCGUAGAGAGGGGAACGCACGAAGAGUUGUGCAAGAAGAAAGGGCGGUAUUACGAGCUGUGGGAACGGUCAUAA